AUGUCCACCUACUACAGGCUUGUGCUGUGGGCUUUGACCCUUUGCUUCACUACAACUUUUAGUGCUAAUAUUGUGAAAGUGUUCCGUGAAGAUGGUGGAGGACCUGAAUUUAAAUUUAAUCAUCUAGUUGUUGAUAAAAAUACUGGAAGAGUUUAUAUCGGGGCAGUAAACAAAUUAUAUCAACUUUCACCUGAUUUAGAUUUAGUAAUUGCUGAGACGACUGGACCACAAGAAGAUUCGACGGAUUGUUCUGUGAUUGACUGCCCAUCAUCUGUUGUUAAAAAAUUGACUGAUAAUGUUAACAAAGCACUUGUUAUAGACUAUACUACCACAAGACUUAUAGUAUGUGGUAGUCUAUUUCAGGGAAUAUGUUCUGUUCGAAGUUUACAUAAUAUAUCAGAUGUUGUUCAAGUAGUAAAAGAAGCGGUAGUAGCUAAUAAUGCAACUGCUUCAACCGUUGCCUUCAUUGCACCUGGCCCUCCAAAUCCACCCGUUACUCAAGUUAUGUAUGUUGGUGUUACUUAUACAAAUAAUUCACCUUAUCGAAGCGAGGUGCCUACAGUUUCAUCGAGAAGUCUUGAAAGGGACAAAAUGUUUAUGAUUGCUCAGACAGCAGUGACGACUGGAACAAGAAUGUUUGUUAAUUCACUUGCCAGAGAAAGGUACCCCAUAAAUUAUGUUUAUGGUUUUGCAUCGGAGGGUUUCAGUUAUUUUCUUACUACCCAAAUGAGACAUAGUGGUCCAUCUCCAUUUAUAUCAAAGCUUGUCCGAGUUUGUCAUGAUGAUGAAAAUUAUUACUCUUAUACCGAAAUACCUAUUGAAUGCAUUGAUAGUGAAGGGAAGAAGUAUAAUCUUGUUCAAGCGGGAUAUGUUGGAAAACCUGGUUCUGAUUUGGCUUCUAAUCUUGGAAUUACUGCACAGGAUGAUGUUUUAUUUGCUGUGUUUUCUGAAAGUGAACAACCCGAAGGUGAAGGUUCUAGUAAACCGAGUCAAUUUAGUGCCCUUUGCGUUUAUUCAUUAAAGGCGAUUCGGCGAAAGUUUAUGCAGAACAUCAAAACUUGCUUUACCGGCAGCGGCAACAGAGGUCUUGAUUUCAUCUCUCCCAGUCAUAGCUGUAUUUUAACGAGUCAUUGA